GAAGUCGAUAGGUUUAUUUAAGGCAAAGGUUAUUAUUGGCUUGUAAUCAAAAGUGUGACAGUGAGAAUGGAGUUCUUAGACGAAGACGCGAGGCCAAGGUUCAUGUUUCAAUCAGGAGCACCCACAGAAUCAGAGCCAUUGCAUCACCACAAACCCACCAAGUCAUUCAUCUUCGUCACCGUUUCUCUCUCUUCCCUUCUCUUAGCUCUCGCUCUCUUCUUCUUCCAGUCCGAACCCUUCCAAUCUCUCCUCGUCUGGCUCUCCCUCUCUCUCCUCAUCGGUCCCUUCGCACCUCUCUCCCUCACCGCCGGCGACAUCCGCGUCGGCCGUGGCCCCGUCGUCAACUUCCCCGAUCAAGAAACCGCAACCGACGACGAUGCCAAGAAACCGCAGCGGCGAUCCAAGACGCGCAGAUCCGAUGAAGUCGCCGUUGGCCCGGUGGUGGCGGCGGCGGUCGUGAACGGCGGCGCGUCUGAGAAGAGAAGAGGAGAUGGGAACGGUGCUGCGGCGGUGGUAGAGGAGGAGGAGGAGGAGGAGGAGCAGGAGUGGAAUGAAGAGGACGUUGAGGUUCUGAAGAAGCAGAUGGUGAAGCAUCCCGUGGGGAAACCUGGACGGUGGGAGGCGAUUGCGGCGGCGUUCGGAGGGCGGCACAGGGCGGAGAGCGUGAUCAAGAAGGCGAAGGAAUCGGGGGAGAAGAGAGUUGAUGAUUCGGACUCGUAUGCUUUGUUUUUGAAGAAGAGGAAGGCGUUGGAUAAGAGGGCUGAGGCUGAGAAUGGGGGUGAAGAUUUGGGUGCGACGGUUGAGAAAGUUGAAAUUGAUUGGAGUUCGGGGGAGGAUAUUGCUCUGUUGAAUGCUUUAAAAGCGUUUCCGAAGGAUGCUCCUAUGAGAUGGGAGAAGGUUGCGGCUGCUGUUCCUGCGAAAUCCAAGGCCGCUUGCAUCAAAAGAGUUGCUGAAUUGAAGAAGGGGUUUCGGAGUGCAAAAGCUUCAUCCCAUGAGUAGAUUGAAGAUUGAAAAUUCCCAAGAUUUGAUAGCUUGGGAUUUGGUUGAAUUCAAAUAUGCGGGAGUGCCAAAUGCUGUGUCUGUGAGAUAAUUGAAAAAAGAUGGAGCUAUAAACUUCAAGAGCGCUCACAAGCCAGCUCCUGAGAGCUUGAAUGCAAAAAAUAGAAUUGCUUUCGAAUUGGUUGGUGCGUAGGCUCCCACAACACAGCACUUAGGUGCCCAA